UUGAAUUCAUCGAAGCAACUGGCUGCUUGGGCCAGCAAGGAAAUCAUAAAAUCAAGUUGUGAAGCAAAUCAAUAGCACGUUCAAAAAAAAUCAAGGUACCAUGAAACUUUCGUUAUCUGUAACCGCCCUCCUAUCAGUGGCUAUCCACUGCAACCAUGCUGUGCUUUGUCAGGGUCAGCAGCCGGUUCGUGUUGCUGUCAUUGGUGGUGGAAUCAGUGGACUGACGGCUGCCUAUGAGCUCGAAAAGAAGGGUGGAUACUCUGUCACCGUCUAUGAAGCACUUGAUUACGUUGGAGGCAAGAUGCAGUCGGUGCAGCUGGCACCUGGAGCACCCACCAUUGACUAUCUGAACAUGACAGAAGAGCUACAAGCAGCAGCCACAGAAUAUUGCGGACUUCAGAACUAUACAAAUCUUGGUGCAGCUCUCACUCUGACUGGAGCUGCCACACCUGGAGCAUCCCCGCCGGUGAUGUAUGCUGAGGAGCUGGGUGUUCCAUAUGGACACGUCAUUUUUGAGGACUUGGUGACUGUUUCAUUGGGGGACCAAAGCAUGCGCCUCACUCCACAAGAAUACCUUGGGUUGUUGAUCAAACAGACAAACCCCAAUGCCACACAAAUUGAGAUUGGAGGUGUGGCGAUGGAACAAGUCCAAAAUUUUGGUGCCUCUGUGGCAAUGUUUAUCGAGCACAUCCAGAAAUCCAACCUUGUGGGGCAAGCUGACACUGACCUUGCUCUUUCCAUGACUGACUUUGCUGCCAAGCAUGGGUUCAGCAUCUACUUGGAAGCACUUCGACCCUUUAUUUCUGGGUACGGGUAUGGAUACUUUGAAAAAAUCCCUGCUGCUUCAGUCAUGAAAAUCAUUUCAUCUGUCACCCAGAAGAAAUCUCCCUUUAUUGGCUUUCCUUGUGGGGCCCAAUCUCUGGCGGAAGGCAUGGCUGCAACACUGGAAGACGUCCGAUUGAGUGCUCCUGUGACGAAGGUUGAGAAGAUGGACAAUGGCCUUGAAGUUCAAGCUGAUGGCCAGCCAACUGAGACUUAUGACAAGGUUAUCUUUGCCACAACUCUGGACCUUGUUCGAUCCAUGAUGAUGUUGGCACCUGAAGUGGAUGAGCUCUUCUCCAAGCUGUUCACUCUUCGUUACAUCACCACCAUUUUUGAACAGGAAGGUAUCGACACUACCAGCACACUUGACUUUUACGCUGCUGGCACCUACGAAGCCAACCAAAACAGCAUUUCUUUGAUUCCUUGGACAGCAAAUCCAGGUGAUGUUGCCGCAACUGCCUACCAGUUUGCCAGCCCAGAUGCCUCCCUUUCUGAUUUGAGUGAUAGAUUGUCGGCUGACCUCCAGUUCUAUUGGGGUGCCAAUGUGACGGAGGUCGUUCUCCAGCGGGAAUGGACCAACUACUAUCCCCAAGUGAGCGUUGAUGACUUUGCGGCUGGCUUCUUUGAUCAAGUGGAUGCAUUGCAGGGUGAGGAUGGCAUCUACUAUGUGGGCAGUCAAUUCUCGUUUGAACUGCUGUCAAAUACCAUGAGGGAUUCAAAAGAAUUCAUUGAAUCAAGGUUUGAGAGUAUGGGUGAAGUUGACAGUACUAUGGGUGGUGACGAAGUUGACAGUAUGGGUAGUGACAAAGUUGACAGUAAUGGGGGAGACGAAGGAGAGACUCCAAUCGUUGAUGAGCCAUCGGAAGAUGAAGGAGAGCUUCCCAGCAUGGACCAAACUUUGGAAUCGAGCAGUGGGGUGUCGGUCAAGAACAGCAUGUCAGUGAUCGACUUAUCCAUCUUGAUGGGAGGUCUCGUCUUUGCCGUCCGUGGUUGAAAUUGGAACAUCAGUACCUCUAUUUAGUCUUUAGUGAUUCAUUUUCUGUAUCUCA